AAGAGUAUAUGCAUUUCGUGCAUUUAUACUUAUUGCGUGCCACAUAUGUAUUUUAAACACGUACAUUAGCAUGAGGCACACUCGAAGAUAUAAUAGACAAGAUGAAAAUUAAGAAAUUAUCUGAGGUAUAAUUAUAUAGUCAUUGAUUUUUAGGAAAUAAAGACCAUAAGAACACAAUUAUUGCUCAUUUGAACAUACAUUAAAAUAAAAGAAUAAUGAAUAAUUAGCGUCAUUCUUUCCACGCCAUAAUAUGAUUAGCAUUUAGCAUUAAAAAAAAAUGAUAGAACAAAUGUUUAACUAAGAGCAUAUACCAGCACAAAAACCACCUAUUCCCUUUGUCUAAAUAAACCUUUUAUUUUGCCAUUAUAUCUUAUUUAUAAGCUUUCCUAAUUAUCCCAUUUUUCACACCACUUCCUUCAAAUUCAUUUCAAUCAAAAUUCUUCUCCUUCAAUCAAAUCAAAGUCAUCAAACAAAAAAAAAAAAAAAAAAAAAAAAAAAAAAAAAAAAAAAUCAAAAAUAAUUUGAAUGGUACGCACAGUUAGCAACUUAGCCUCUUUCAUGCCUUCUCUUCAUUUCAACAUCCCAUCCUCUGCACGUCCUAUGAAACAUACGCAGGCCGACCGUGUUUCCUUCAUAUUAUUGCUCCUCUCUUCUUCUUUCAGCUCUUGUAAGCAAGCUUGGUAUUAUCGCUGCCUCGGCCUUGACCCUUAGACAAUUUUUUUGAAUAAAAGAAGUCCAUAAUUUUAUUGUCCUUCCUUUUGCCUUGUUAUUAUAAGGGUUAAUUUACAAGUUAGGUGCUAUAGUAUAUACCAUUGAUCAAUAUAUAUAAGGGUUACAACGUUAUAAACAAAAAAUGAGGAAAAAUUUAUCGGAGAAUAUGAUGACUAGCCUGUACUCUGGCGACAAACAGAAGAAGGGCAACUGCUUUGAGUGUAGCAAGGGCAGUAUCAAUGACCGCGACAACAAACGUUUGUUGGUGAUUAUCAAUGUGCUAGGAAGUGCAGGGCCUUUGAGGUUUCUAGUAAAUGAAGAGGAUGUUGUUGACGGUGUUAUUGCCACUGCUUUGAAGUUGUAUGCUAAGGAAGGUCGUCUCCCUAUAUUGGGUUCCGAUUCUACUAAAUUUCUCCUCUAUUGUUCCCAUGCCGGUUCUGAUGCCCUAGGCACAUGGGACGAGAUUGGAUCAUGUGGAGGGAGGAACUUUGUGCUAUGCAAGAAGCCAGAGCAGCCAUCAAAUAUGAGUGAAGCAAGAUCCCAAAUGAUUUCACAAAAACGAGGUAGGGGUUGGAGAACCUGGCUCAACAAAUCUAUGAGCAUCAAAAUAUAAACCCAAUUCAAAGUUCAAAAUAAACUUUUUAAUUUAAUUAUAUUAUCACAACAACUUAUUACCUGAAAAUUUAGCAUUUAUUUUAAAUGCAUCUAUAAAAUUAUUGUAUAGUAUUUUAUCGCUUAAUACAUUAGCGGUUAUAGUAUGUACAAAAAUAAAACUAUAUAUUACCUCCGUUAAUAGUCAUGUGCAACUUUGAGGUAUUAUUUUA